GUGUCUCAUUCAGUCCGGAACCUGCAGCUCCCACUGCAGAUAUGUUCCCCCUCUGCCGCCUGCUUGCCAGCCGUGCCCAGGUCCCUUCCCACCUGGUUCGCUAUCUUUCCGACUCUCAGCCUCCCUUCUGCAUCCAACGCCCGGACCCCCUGGUGCUGACUGUGCGCAGCCUGGACAGAACCAUCAACUUGUACACUAAGGUGCUGGGCAUGGAAGCCACAACCUUCAAGGGAGGCAGGAAGGCUCUGAGCUUUGGGGUGCAAAAGAUUAAUCUGCAUGAGGCUGGGAAAGAAUUUGAACCGAAAGCGGCUGUCCCCUCCCCGGGAUCAGCUGACCUGUGUCUCAUCACCGAGGCGCCACUCAGCACUGUAGCGCAACACCUAAAGUGACGGGAGAAUUUCUGAACUGCGAGGGAUCCGGGCUGUACCUGCCGCAGAGCUGCUGUAACCAUAGCUGUGUGCCAAACGCAGAGGCAUCUUUUCCAAACAACAACUUUAUCCUCCAUCUCACUGCUUUGGAAGAUAUCCAGCCUGGAGAGGGAGAACGACCUAUUCGUGUGUUCCUGCCCCAAGUGCCUAGCGCAAGCUGAUGACCCCGACAUCACAUCCGAGGAAGAAGAGGAGGAGGAGGAUGCUGAGCUGGAAGGGGAAGCAGAGGAUGCAGAGCUGGAGGAUGAGAUGACGGACGUGUGAAAUGAGAACUUUGUCUCCGCCCCUUUCCAUCAUGUCCAAUCACAGACCAAACUGUUCAACUCUCUUCCACUGCCAUUUCUAGUCACUCACUUGAGCUGUUCCCAGUCCGAGCAUUGUGAUUGGUUGAGCCAGUUACUGGCGGAACACUCAUUAUCUGUCAUUUGUCGUGUUGCACUUGGAAUGUUUCAUUUGCCCCAGCUUGUGGGGGGGGACCUCCUACUUCUUUAUGAGCUCUAUACUGUAUGCCACGUGACCCCACUCAGCUGGUUUGCAUGUCACUGCCCAACCAUAUUCCUUAUGUGCCGCAUAACCACUGUAGCCAGGGGGCGCCGGUGGGGGUGCAGCAAUAGACAGCGCUUAGGAUUUCUGUUUGCCCAGAAUGAUUUUUGCUUGAUUUGUAGAUCCCACCAGCUUCCAGGUGUGUAAUAGGUAACUAGAUUCCUUAUUUAUAUCAUAGCCGCCUCUCGCCAGCCCGGUGCCACCAACCUCAGUACCACACAGGCAUGUUUCAUCUCUGCACUGCCUGCUCCUCUCAGGAACAAUACCCCAAGUCCGGCCAAACACAACAACAACUACACCCUGAAACAAAACAAACAAACAAACUAAAUGCAAAUUAAACAACAUUUUGGAGGAACAACUUAGCAAAAAAGGGAUUUCUUUACUUACCGUAAAAUCCUUUUCUCUCUAGUCCUAUGGGGGACACAGGAACCAUGGGGUUAAAUCCCCUCCCAUCAGGAGGCAGGACACUUUUACAGAGCUGAAUCCUCCUCCUCCCUAUAUAAUGCCCUUCUCCCACCAGGAACUCAGUUAUGUAACAAGAAUCGAGCAAAAUGCUAACCAUAACUUAACUAUGUUUAAACUUGGCUGAGAAGAACGAGAUAUCUCCCUUGUUUUCUGGGAUGGGAGGUCCUGUGUCCCCCAUAGGACUAGAGAGAAAAGGAUUUUACGGUAAGUAAAGAAAUCCCUUUUUCUCAUACGUCCUGGGGGACACAGGAACCAUGGGGACAUACCAAAGAGUCCCCUAACAGGGAGGGAGAAAACAGAUAACUCAGGUAUUAUUAAGGCAACCUUAUUUACGAUACUACAGCUUGUUGUACCUUGCGCCCAAAUGCCGCUUGAGCGGAUGCAAAUGUAUCAAACCUGUAGAAUUUUGUAAAUGUAUGUGCAGAGGACCAGGUUGCCGCCCUGCACAACUGUUCGGCUGACGCCAUGUUCCUACAAGCCCAUGAAGUACUGAUUGCUCUUGUAGAAUGGGCUGUAAUUCUAAACGGAGGUGGUCUUUGGAGAGAAAUGUAUGCCUGACGCACCGUUUCCUUAAUCCAUCUGGCUAUCGUGGCCUUAGACGCUGGUAGUCCUUUUCUGCUGCCAGACGGGAUGACAAAUAGUGAUUUAGAUCUACGGAAAUGAGCCGUGUGAUCCACAUAUGUAUGUAAGGCCCUUACCACAUCCAGAUUAUGUAGCUUGGCUUCUUUCUCAUUCUUGGGAGAAGAACAAAAUGAUGGAAUCACUAUCUCCUCGUUCAAGUGAAAAGAUGAUACCACCUUUGGCAAAAAUGACGGCAUCGUUCUCAACACUGCCUUUUCCUUGUGGAAUAUUAAAUAUGGAGAUUCACAAGACAAUGCAUUCAGUUCCGAAACCCUACGAGCUGAAGAAAUUGCCAACAAAAAUACUACCUUCCAUGUCAGCCAUCGUAGUUCUAUGAUAGAUAAUGGCUCGAAUGGAGAAUUUAUCAGAGCCGAAAGUACCACGUUGAGGUCCCAAGGAGGAACUGGUGAUCUCACUGGUGGUGCGAUAUGAGCUACCCCCUGCAGAAACGUUCUUACAUCUUCCUGCAACGCAAGUCGUGAUUGUAGAAGGAUUGAGAGAGCCGACACCUGGACCUUAAGAGUCCCUAGGCUUAAACCCUUCUGCAGACCAUCCUGCAAGAAUUGAAGAACCAUGGGAACCCUUGCACCCUGGUAUGGAAUUCUUCUAUCGAAGCACCAUUCCAUGAAUAGCUUCCAAAUCCUAUGGUAUGCCUUGGAAGAUACUUUCUUCCUGGCCUUAAUCAUCGUUUGUGCCACUUCAGAAGAAAAACCCUUUCUGGUCCAGAUUAGUUUCUCAAUUUCCAUGCCAUCAAAUUGAACAUUCCUGGAUUGGGAUGUAGAAUCGGUCCCUGGUGUAGUAGAUCUCUUCUUUGUGGUAACCUUAUUGGUGCUUCCACUGAAAGAUUCAUCAGAGGUGUAAACCACGACCUCCUUGGCCAGUAUGGUGCUAUGACAAUGAACGUACCCUUCUCUUGCUUUAUUCUCUUUAGAAUACGUGGCAACAUCGCUAUUGGAGGGAAUACGUACGCUAGUGAGCAUACCCAUCUCGCUGUCAUGGCAUCCGUUUCCUCUGCCAGAGGAUCCCUUGUCUUUGCUAUGAAUCUGUCUGUCUUUCGGUUGUGACGGGACGCCAUGAGGUCCAGAUCUGGUUGACCCCAUCUGGCCGUGAUGAAUUCGAAGACCUCUCUGUUCAGUUCCCACUCUGUCGGAUCCACAUGAUGCCGACUUAGAUAAUCCGCCUCCCAGUUUUCCACUCCUGGUAUGUGGACCGCUGAGAUCUGGUUUACUCUUGUCUCUGCCCAACAGAAUAUCUUGCUUAUCUCGUUUGCAGCAGCAAGGCUCUUUGUCCCUCCUUGUCUGUUUAGAUACGCUACAGCCGUAGCGUUGUCCGACUGGAUUCGAACGUCUCGGUCUGUCAACUGAUCCUCCCAGUGAAUUACCGCUUGGAAGAUUGCCCUGAUCUCCAAUAUAUUUAUUGGGAGUUUUCUUUCCGACUCUGACCAUAGGCCCUGGGCGAUCUGUGUCUGGAAUGUUGCUCCCCAACCCGACAGACUGGCAUCUGUCGUUAUCACCUUCCAUGCUGGUUCCUCUAUUGACCGUCCUUGAGACAGAUGUGUUGGUACUGUCCACCACUGCAAGGAUCUCCUUGCCAAGAUAUUGAGAUUUAUUCUGUGGGAAAGGCAUUCGUAUUUCUUCCAUUCCAAUAUUAUGUUCCGUUGUAGGUGUCUGAUAUGAAACUGCGCUAAUCGAACAGCUUCCGUUGAGGAUACCAUCAUUCCCAGCACUUUCAUGCAGUGGCGAAUUGAUGGCUUUGGAAUUGUCUGUAGGUCCUGUACCGAUGAGAUAAGUCUGUGUACCUUCUCUUCCGGGAGAAGAACCUUUCCCUGAAGGGUGUCGAAAAGAAAUCCCAGAAAAUGCAUCCUCUGGGAUGGGACAAGGCACGAUUUUUGUCUGUUGAUUGUCCACCCGAAAUCCUGCAGAGUCUGCAUGGUCCUUUCCAGAUCCCUCUCUGCUUGAUGCUGUGAUCGAGCCUUGACCAAUAGGUCGUCCAAGUAUGGAGUGAUACACACUCCUUGGACUCGGAGGUGGGCUGCCAUUGUAGCCAUUAUUUUUGUGAAUAUUCGAGGUGCUGAUGAAAGCCCGAAGGGUAAGGCAGUAAACUGAAAAUGCCGACCUCGGAAUGCGAACCGAAGAUACGCUUGAUGAGGCGGGAAUAUUGGAACAUGAAGGUACGCGUCUUUCAUGUCCAGGGAUGUCAAAAAUUCCCCUGGUUCCAUUGCUCGAAUUACCGAACGUACCGACUCCAUCUUGAAUCGCCGAUAAACAAUCCAUUUGUUUAGGCGUUUGAGAUCGAGAACCGGGCGGAAUGUCCCAUUCUUUUUUGGAACCACGAAAAGGUUUGAAUAGAAACCUGUGAAUUGAUGAGCUGGAUGUACUGGAAUCACCACAUUGGAUUGAAUCAGUUCCUCUACCACCGAAAGGAAGGCAGACUGUUUUAGAGGGUCUUUUGGCACCCUGGAGAUAAAGAAUCUUGUGGGGGGGAGUCGACGGAACUCGAGUUGAUAACCUGAUGAAAUGGUUUCGAUUACCCAGGGAUCUGCUAUGUGCUUUGUCCAAUUUUCUACAAAGUGUUGCAGCUUUCCCCCUACUGGCAGAUCUAUUUGUGAUCUGACCGGCCAGUCAUGCUGACGACUGUUUGUCGUUGGGAGUCUUGUUUGCAGAUUUUCUGGAUUGCCAGGAAGGCUUGCCCUUUGGGCUGUAUCUUCCCUUAUGGUGAAAUUGUCUGGUUGGGGAUGAGCUCUUGGAGUUGCGAAAUCCUUGGCUCUGAAAAAAUCUCCUCUUUCCUGUUGAGAAGUUGUUCUUGGGCUUUGUUUGGGGUAACAGGGUACUCUUACCCCCCGUAGCUUGGGAAAUAAUUUUUUCCAGCUCCUCACCAAAUAGACGUGAACCCUUAAAUGGUAGUGAGGUAAGAGAUCUUUUUGAGCUCAGGUCCGCCGACCAGAGACGAAGCCAUAAUGCACGGCGUGCCGCGACUGACAGAGCCGAGGAACGCGCCACCGCUUUUAGAACGUCUAAGGAAGCAUCACUCAGGUAGGAGCUUGCUUCCUGAAUACGUAAGACUGACAUUUCAAUAUCCUCUACGGAAGAUUCCUCUCGGAUCCCCGUGAGGAUGAGUUCUGACCAUGCCUCCAGGGCUCUACUUACCCAUGCCAUAGCAAUGACUGGGCGAAGAGCUGCCCCCGAGGCUGUGUAUAUAGCUUUAAGGAAUCCUUCUAGCUUUUUAUCAGUGGCAUCCUUAAAUGCUGAAGCAUCUGGGACUGGUAGUGCGGUGCUUUUUGAGAGCCGAGACACUGGUGCGUCCACUACAGGGGGACUACCCCACUUCUCUACCUCCUCCUUAGGGAUGGGGUAAAGUUUUGCAAAUUUCUUAGUAAUCUGAAACUUGUGUUCAGGUGUAUUCCAUUCCUCCUGUAUAAUGGCCUGUAAUUGCUCAUGUAUAGGGAAGGAAAUGGAAUGAUCAGCCGUCCUGCGGAAUAACCCUUUUGACUGUUUGGAAGUAGACGCAGGCUCUUCGACCUUAAGCACCUCCAUUACUGCGGUGAUUAGGUCGUCUACCUUAUUAGAAUGGUCUGCUGCGACUGAGGGAUCCUCUCCUUCAGAUACUGAAGGUGAGAGUUCCCCUUCGCUGAGUGGUUCUUCCUCAGAAUCUGAGGAGGACCCAAGUGUGUUGUGUGAGUCGCUAGUUGCUGCAGCUUUGCGCUUGAGCUGUCUCCUGGUAGUACCAGGGGAGGAAAGUUUUUCUAGAACUUUGUCUAGAGAUGAUGCCAAAAGGGGUAUCCCUUGCAGUGCUGAUAGUGAUUGGGACAGAGAUAUGGCCCAUGCUGGCGCAGCAGGGUUACCCGUGGUCACAGGCACAGAUGGACCCGGAGGGUCCGCAGGCAUAUUUUCUCCCAUAACCGGUGUUAUUGGCAAAGCCAAUGUAGGGGCUGAGGCAUCCGCCGGUUUGGCAGUAGUACUGGACUUACAAACUGGAUCCUUCUGCCCAGACUUGAAUUUUGUCUUGCACUGCGCACAUGCCAAGAAUAAUACCUUAGAGUUCUGUCUUUCCCCCCUGAGAAAUAUAGAGUCACUCUUUCCCUCAGCCAUCUUUAAUAUUAUCCCCUUCUAGUACCCUAGUACCUGGUGCGGGUAUGAGCAGAACAAUGGGGAGAAAAGGAGUCAGCCCGUAAUGGCGGUGAGAGAGGGACUGUGCUGCGUCCUUCUCCUUCCGUGUCUUUGGCGCCAAUGAGUGGGUUGCGGCGUAGUCUCGCGUUAGUAGCGUACCAGAGUGACGCGUACCCGGAAGUACCGCCCCCCGCUGUCGGAUGUGCACGCAUGGUGAAUUGCGUGCGCAACCUUGGCACGAAACGUUCCCCACGCUGUGUUGCUCCGUUGCCCCCCCGGUGCCCCCACCGCCAUAGGCCACUUCAUUUACCUUCCCCUAUCUUGUGUUCCCCCCAUAGGGGAGGUGGGCUGUAGCGGGUGGCGCGUACCUUUGGUUCGCAUCGGCAUCCUGGGCAGUGGGGCUUCCCCGUACUACUGGCAGCAUUUUUUCCCCGCCGUAGUGGGAAAUUACUGGGGGAGGUUAGAGGGAACCUCUCACUCCCCCCUUGGGCUUAUGGGCCCGUUAUCACCGGCCUUAGUCCUGUCAGGGACCGCCUGUGUUCAGACUCCCGCGUUGGGGGCUGACACGUUGAGCACAGCAAGCUGUCUCAGGUCAUACCCCUGGUGAUGAGGCUAAUCCCCAAACCGACGCUUUCCUUGUGUUGGGCCUACUAAAGGCCUUUGUCAAACCUCCUGAUUUUGCGAGGACACAUUAAAAACUGAGUUCCUGGUGGGAGAAGGGCAUUAUAUAGGGAGGAGGAGGAUUCAGCUCUGUAAAAGUGUCCUGCCUCCUGAUGGGAGGGGAUUUAACCCCAUGGUUCCUGUGUCCCCCAGGACGUAUGAGAAAAACAGAUUUAUGCAUGCAGAAGGACAAUGGCGGUAACGAAUAAGGGAGCCUGCUGGUGCUGUUGAGCCCAGUAUGUUACAUGGCUACUCUUGGAACUCAUAUGUAUUGGUUACUCUUCUAAGAUACUAAUAGAGCGCACCUCUAACUUAGCCUUGUUUCCUUCGGCAAGAGAGACUGGAAACUUUCAUAGGACUCAGGAGCUGUAAAGAAACAUGAAGUAUUUUAUAAUGAGAAACUGUGGGUUUGUAUAUGUGGGACAGAGACCCUCUUAAGUACACUAGCGUUAUAUGACCUGGCUGAAGCACACAGGGUGGCAACUGUCUGGACUAUCCCACAGCUACAUGCCCCAAAACCAAAAAGACAGCUAUGCACCCAUAUGUGGCCAUAUCCAAAAGACAACUCAAGAGCUAUUUAGGCCAUAUAUGAGUCUGUGCCCUCUAGUGGGAGAUGUAGGGCACUACACAAUGUGUUUCACAAAGUACAUAUAGGACCCUCUGUGACCUGAUGCUCAGUUAUAAAGACAAGAGUCAUACCAGCAAAAGU